AUGGACGUUUUUAUGUCUCCCAGUAAUACAAUGUCAGAGCAAUCAACUAUUAUAGGCGAAUUGAAAAGUAUUAGAGAAGAGUUGUAUGCUACUCGUAAUGAGCUGAAAGAAUUUAGGAAUGAAAUGGCAUGUAUAUCGUCUUCUAUAAUAGUAUGUAAUGAAAGAAUAGAUGGGAUUGAGAACAGAUUGGAAUGCUUAGAAAAACGACUCGAAACUCAUAGUAUCAACAACGAUGAAUCCCUGAAAGCAACAGUAGACCAGCUCAAAGCGGACCUUAAUGAGAGGGAACAAGAUUUAUUACUUAAUGACAUCGAUAUCACCGGUAUUCCGGAAAACAAAGGUGAAAAUCCUUAUCAUAUUGUGAUGCUCAUAGCCGCAAAACUCAGCGUUAAAAUCGAUGAACAAGAUAUCACGCGGGCAGAGCGUAUAGGACCUGUACACGGUUCAAAAGAAGGAGAAAACGCAACGCGCCCAAUUGUAGUGAGAUUAUCGAGGAAGACUCUACGAGAUGACUUACUACGAGCGGCACGUAUUCGGCGUGGUGCAGACACAGCAGAUAUGAAUAUUCCAGGCAAUCCUAGAAAAUUUUACGUCAAUGAACGCCUGACAAAAACUAACAGCUGGGACUCCUUCUGGCACGCCUCCCAAGACGACGACGAUCCAAAAAGGCUAGACGUAGAAGCCCAUCUUCAUCAUCUAGUUCCAGUAAUGACACCGUACUAA